AUGGAGAUUAAUGACCAAGCGUGCAACGAGAUCUCUUACCAGUCCUCCGACCAGGCUCCUCGGACCCCUAGUCAGAAGGCCACCCGCGAUCAGCGUAUCGCAGCGCGUACACUACGUGCUCAGAGGUAUACCUAUGCACAAAUUGCAUCCAAAUUAGGUAUCACCCAGCGCCAAGUCCAAAAGGCCUGUAGUGAUGAGAGGCCUACACCACGUAAGGCCUGUGGCCGAAGUCGAAAGCUAUCGGAAGAACAACUUGAUGAGAUAAUUGAGUUUAUCUCAUCUUCGAAAGAAACACGACGAAUGCCUUACUCGAGGGUGAUUCAAGAACUACAACUUCCUGUUAGCCCUGAGACAUUACGAAGGGCCUUGGCUAGACGAGGAUAUCACCGAUGUAAGGCCCUUCGAAAGCCUCCUUUAUCCGAUCGAACACGAGCACUACGUCUAAUCUGGGCAUUGGAGCAUGUUAAUUGGACGCGUGAGCAGUGGGAAAAGGUAUUAUGGACCGAUGAGACCUGGGUUACAUCGAUCUAUCAUCGACGGAUCUAUGUAACGCGUAGGUCUGGUGAGGAGUUUGAUGAUACUUGUGUACGAGAGCGUAUCUCUCAUGCACCUGGCUGGAUGUUUUGGGGCUCAUUCUAUGGUAAUGAGAAAGGCCCUUGUCUAUUCUGGGAGAAAGAAUGGGGUAGUAUUACUAGCGCUCAAUAUACAGAGCGAAUAGUGCCCUUAAUUGAUGGUAUGGUUACGAUGGCUCGUAACCAUCUAAAUAAGCAUCUAAUCGUGAUGCAAGACGGCGCACCUUCUCAUCGGAACCUCUUAACGAUUGAGGAACUACACGAACGUGGGAUAUACCCUAUCGAUUGGCCACCGUAUUCGCCAGAUCUUAAUCCUAUUGAGCAGCUUUGGGAUUGGAUUAAAGAUUAG